AGAUUAUGAGCACCGGAAGUACCGUGUGUGUGUGUCGGUGUGUCGCUCCCGGUUCGGUUGCUGUUUACAGCGAAAUGAGUGCGAUUUAACAGAGAAACCGAAUAAAACCGGUGGAUAUAAAGUCAGUAUUCACUCAUGAUGAAGCUGCGGGUUCGGAUCAGCAGACGGACCCUCAGGGUGGAGCUACCGGGAGAGGAACCCAGUCUGAAGGAGCUGAUAGAUCACAUCCAGGACACGGUUCUGUCUUCUCACGGACUCAGUGCAGACACAGAGUUCAGUUUGUCUCUGAACGGCUCCGAGCUUCUGACAGACUCGGGUCAGACUCUGUCGUCCUGCGGCAUCGUCUCCGGAGAUCUGAUCUGCGUCAUCCUGCCGGAACCUGCCGCCGCCGCCGCCGCCGCCCUGCUGAUUCUUUAUUCAGAGUCUGUAGUCUGCGUCCUUGGAUGGUCCUCUGCUGAGUGUGACUCAGAGCCUGUGUCAUGUUUCCCUCUGUGUGUUUUUGCAGGUUGCUUUAAGGAUGACCGCAUCGUGUUCUGGACCUGGAUGUUCUCCACGUACUUCAUGGAGAAGUGGGCUCCUCGACAGGACGACAUGCUGUUCUAUGUUCGCAGGAAGCUCGCCUACGUCAGCGCCGACAACAGCGAGGGCAAAAAGGUGGAGGUGGAGGUUUACAGGAGAGACUCCAAGAAGCUGCCCGGCCUCGGUGACCCAGACAUCGACUGGGAAGAGAGUGUCUACUUGAACCUCAUCCUGCAGAAGUUGGACUACGUGGUGACGUGUGCCGUCUGCACGCGCUCAGACGCAGGAGAUAUCCACAUCCACAAGAAGAAAUGUCAGGAAGUGUUUGCGUCUCCCAGCAAACACGCCAUGGACAGCAAAGGAGAGGAGUCCAAGAUGAGCUACCCGAACAUCUUCUUCAUGAUCGACAACUUUGAAGAGGUGUUCAGUGAUAUGACGGUGGGCGAAGGGGAGAUGGUGUGUGUGGAGCUGGUGGCCAGCGAUAAGAGCAACACCUUCCAGGGAGUCAUCUUUCAGGGCUCGAUCCGCUACGAGGCCCUCAAGAAGGUCUACGACAACCGGGUGAGUGUUGCUGCUAAGAUGGCCCAGCGGAUGUCUUUUGGCUUCUACAAGUACAACAACAUGGAGUUUGUGAGGAUGAAGGGUCCGCAGGGCAAAGGUCACGCGGAGAUGGCCGUCAGCAGGGUGCCGACAGGUGACACCUCGCCCUGUGGCACCGAGGAGGACCAGGUGUCACCCAUGCACGAGAGGGUGACGUCCUUCAGCACACCUCCGACCCCAGAGAGGAACCGUCCUUCCUUCUUCUCUCCAUCUCUGAGACGCAAAGUUCCCAGAAACAGGAUCGCAGAGAUGAAGAAGUCUCACUCUGCCAACGACAGCGAGGAGUUCUUCAGGGAGGAGGAAGACGAAGAUCUUCACACCGCCACCAACCUCCGCUCUCGCUCUCUGUCGGGGACCGGCCGCUCUCUGGUCGGCUCCUGGCUCAAACUCAACCGGACCGAAGAUUACUUCCUGCUCUACUCCCACCUGACCUACGUCACCCUGCCGCUGCACCGCAUCUGCGCAGACAUCCUGGAGGUGAGGCAGAAGCCCAUCCUGAUGACAUAGCAGAGCUGGACUCCCCCUCAGAGCAUCACUACCAAGUGCCUCCUGCAUCAGGCCACUGAGACGACAGCGGCGCCCCCCGGUGUCCGGAACCGAGACUGACAACCAAACACCUGCUCCAGCUGGACGCGAGUCCGUCAGAGGGACAAACAAAAACCAGCCAUUCGAGAAGUGCCUCUUCUUCUUCUUUUCAGUUCCCCGCUUGUGUCCGAGUGGUCAUCUCCGCGGGAACGGGCCCGGCGUCGGGAUCACAUGACCUCAGUGUGAGAAGGCAUUGGCUGAACUCUGACCAGGAAGUGAAGAAUGUGUGCUUUCUUGUAAAUAUCCUGCUGCUUUACUCACUGAGACGCCUCCGAAGGUUCUGCUUUCAACCACACGUUCUGCUCGGCUCGUCGUGGACUUUAUUUCCUGUUUCUUUUUUUUUAGAUAUUUACUACGACACGAAGAGUUAACGGGAGGUGAAAAGUGUUUGUUUUUUACGAGAGGAAACCGUAAACGUAGACAGCUUCACUCUUAACAGCAGCCGGUCAAAUCAUCUCGUUUAUUGAGACAUUGACUAACAGGAAGUGGACGACCAGUUCUUUUUAUUCAGAGAUAUUUUCAUCAAUUACUCGUUUUAUCUCUGAAGUGUCAGAACGGGAUUUUCUUGUUGAUUAAAAACUGUUCCAGAAGUGCUUCAGUACCAACGAAGAGAAGCACACGCGAGAACAAACCAGCAGCUACUUCAGUGUUUUUGUGAUAAUCAGCUGAUUCUUUGUGCUCUGAUUAACUAAUGAAAGUCAGUGUUUAAUGAACAUUUCACACACAAUUAGGUACAAUAUUGAUUACUUCAAAGGAAGCUGAUCGAUAAUAAACCAAAAUAGUAGUAAAAAGCACUAUUUUAUCCUCAUAAAUGAACCUUUUCUCACUUUAGUCUCUAAUAUUUCGAGCUACAAGUUUAAGUACAAGCAAAUAUUCAAACUCCAAUUGAACUCAAAUGAUUGAUUAGUUCCUGUCCAUCGACUAAAUCAGCUGAUUGUAUCAGUUGUAGCUGGAUGUUUAACCACUGAUUCAAAUAAAUAACCACAGAAACCAACAGGAAGUAACAAACGGAGCUCGAGAGACGUUAUUGUUAUUUUAGCUCCUCCCGUCUCGUAGAGGGCGGGAAACGACUUAAGAAGGGUCAAUUAGUUUCCAACUAGUAAAUAAAUUAUCAACUAUUUUGAUAGAUUAAUAGUUUUAAGUCUUUUUUGAAGAAAAAAAAAGUCAAAAGAGAUUUCAGCUUCUCAACGUGAAUAUUUUCUGCUUUCUUUUGUCCUCCGUAAACUGAAUAUCUUUGAGAAACGAGACAUUUGAGGACGUCAGAUUGGGCUUCGAGAAACACUGAUCGACAUUUUUUACCAUUUUCUGACCAAACAAUUAAUUAAUGGGGAAAAUGAUCGACAGAUUAGAGAUUAAUCGUAUCCUGUAAAAUACGUUUAAAGGAGCUCAAAGAAAGUGAAGUUUGGACUACAGACACAGUUCAGUCCCGACUGCUGAAGUACUGACGAUCUUUUCUGUUACAAACUCUGAAAGUUGUUAUUUUUACGUUCGUUUGGUCGCUCUGGAUUAUUUUGAAUUCCAAACACGAACUCCUGACGGACGCGACCCAGAGCCGACGGACCCAUCGGCUCCACCGUGUCGGAUUUUCACCACAAAAUAAUCCAGCUUUGACUUUUUACUGCGACUCGCAAAACUGGAAGUGACUUGAAAAAAAAACAGAACUGCUGAACGUGAAGAUGAUUUUAAAGGGAAUUUAAAAAAAGCCCCAAAAAUAAAAACUGGAACUCUUCAUUAAAAAAGAGGAAGUUCCAAAAGGAAGCGACGUGAUUGGCUGAAGAUGUUUGUUGUUACAGUGACUCGUCUGGUUUUUCUCCCUCUGUGCUCCUGAAGCCUUAAAUCUUUCUGACUGUACGUAACUUUAAUGUUUCUUCAUGUUCAUUUAAACGAACAACCAGCCGAGGCUUCCGUAGGUCAGAGAUUUCAUGAGGCAGAAAUCAGCCGAUGUGAUCAGAAAUAACAAAAACAAGUUCCCGCAGUCUUUAAAAAGGAUUAAUCAGCUAAUUUCUGUUUUGUUUGCUUAAAAAAAUACUUUAAUAUUAAUUUAACACUUAAAAUUAUUUGUUUAUGACUUAAUUCUCAAAUAUAACCGUAAGAAAAUAUUUAAAAUUACAGUAAGAAUUCAGAAUAUUGAAGAAUAAAACUCAUUUUACACGAAAAUGUAACAAACUUUUUCAUAAAGUCGAACCUGAAUUCUAAUAUUAUGAAUUCUUUAGAUUUUCAAAUGUUCAAAUAGUAAAAGAGAAAAAAAAAAUCACAAUUUAAGAAUAAAAAAUUCAUAAUCACAAUAAAACUAAUUUUACGAGCAAAAAUUUAGAACGAAUUUUUCUCAUUUACUUGAAACUUCUAAUAUAUCACUUUAAAAAAAAACAUCUUUCUCUUAAAUUGUGACUUUUUUUUUUAUCUUUGAUCAUAUUUCACCACUUUUGGAGACUGAAAAUCAUAAACUCUAAAAUAUAACCACAAGAAAACGCAGUAAGAAUUCAGACUAUAAAAAAAAUUAAAUAAUAAAACUUAUUUUAACGCAAAAAUGUAACAAACCUGAAUUACAAUAUUAUAAAUUCUUUUGAUGUUGAUGUUUCAGUAGUAAAAUGUAUGAAGUUAGUCAUAAUGACAUUAAAUUAUAAAUUAUUUUACGAGUAGAAAUGUAUAAGAGAAAGCACUUACAAUAUUAAUAAAACCAUAACUUUUACUUGCAUAAUGACUCAUUAAAUUUGACUUUUAAAUCACAAAAUUCCAACAUUUUUCUGAAAAUUUUAACUUUUUUCUAAAAAUCUGAAGCUUCAUUUCUUUAAUUGUGAUUUUUCAAUAUUCAGACACCUUGUAAAAGGGUUUUCUUGAAAAAAUAAUCUGUAAAUUACUUAAAUUAUUUACUGAUUAUUGGGGUUGUCGCUGAUUUCCAAAUUUUAUUCAAUUUAAAAGAAAUUUCAGAAUAAAAUGCAGAUUAUUGUAAAUACAUUUGACAUUUUUAAAUUUAUGGACCAAGAAAAAUAAAACUGGACCAUUUAUAACCUCCGUACUAUUUACAUAAAGCACAGAACAGUAGGAGGAUUGCAACUAAUAAUUAUAUGUAUUAUUGAUUAGUCCGAUUGAUCCAGUUAUUCGUUCAGUUUAUAUAAAUGUCUUCAAGUAUCGAUCAUCAAUAAUCUGCAGAGGAAACUGUUGAAACAGUCGCUGAUUUCUGUGUUUCACGAGUCGACGUUUGAGGAGAAGUCAGCCAGCUGUUGUUGUUGUUAUUGAUCAGUUAUUAUCAGUGAUUGAUUUGCACUCAGAGACGAAGCCAUCCUCGAUCAAAGUCAGUCCGCAGUGUUUUUCCUCCCGGUGAAACGUUCCACGGGGCACUUCCUGUUUCAGUUGGACGAGCCGAUCGUCUCCUCAGUGUUAUUGAUGUAGUUUGUAGUUCCUCCGGCUGAAUGUAUCCACGCUGAUCAAUAGCAGACGGCUUUAAACUGAGAAACAUUUGACGAGACAGUUUGCACUGUAAAACGCUUUUAGAACCUUUUUGAAACCGGUUUGUUGGAACCUUUUUGUUCUUACGUCAGUUUAACGCGCUCAUCAUGGCUUUUGUACACGGACACAGUUAAUGUGCAUGUUCACUCAUACACUUCUGUUUCAGACUCUACGUACAUUUUACUGUAUUUAUUUAUUGAAAUACACAUUACCAGAAAAACUGACUGUGCCUGUGUUGUUGUUUUUAAUUCCUCCACAUUACAGUUCAUGACAAUACUUAGAUAUGCGUUGCUAACUUAAGAUGUGAAUAUAUACAUUUUUAUCUAACCAUUUUUAAAAUCUGAUGUAGAUAAAUUUUGCUUUAUUUAAUAGUCCUUCCACCUUUCCUGUACUUAGAUAUGCUCAGGACGAAGUUUACAACGCUUGCUCAACUGUGAUUGGAGCACAGAGCAAAAAGCGGCGGGACUUAAGAAGGGUUAUCAUUAAGUAACAUUAAUAUUUAUUAGACUAAUACAGAGAAAGAAAGAUUGGAUAUAACCUCGAAUCAUCUGCAGCUCAGGUUAGCGAAGGUUGAUGAAAACUGUAAUUACAAGAAAAUAUAAAGUUAUUCUUCUUUUCUUGUAAUUACAACAUUAGGUGUCCAAUUAUUUGUGAAUGUACUGAGGUAUUAAUUAGUGUUAAACUCAGAUUUAAAACAUGAAAUAUUCUGAGACAUUUAGCUAAUUUACCCAUUUCUAAGUUCAGCAGUGAAUCUUUAAUCCUAAAUAAAGCUCAAAUUAAAAAAUGAAUUCAAAAGCAGCAGGCGUGGUGGUUUGUUUCCUUUUAUUCCCCAAUAAAUGUCUUUACAAAUGUUCUCAGACGAUGACAGCAUGCCUCAUCUCGAAGGCCGAACCGAAGGCCACACAAAGGACACUUGGAAAACAACAGAGUCCAUGUUUACAGGAAAUAAAACAACGGGUCAGUCUCACGCUUCCCUCCCCAACACCGUUUCCAGACGCUCUUCAGGGGAAACAUUCACACCAGGUUCAAAUCAGUGAGAGCACGACUCCUGCUCUCACAAUAAAUAGUUUCCAGAGCAAGAAAAAAACAAAAAAA